AUGACUGAAUCGACCCCACCCCCAGGCCUCGCCCUAAAGGAUGCCAAACUCCUCCUCAAACAUCCUUACCUAUCAAUGGAAGCCGGAGUAGCCCAUACCGAAGACGGCAUGACCCAUAUUGCCGCGUCAACUUACAUGAAAUCAUGCACAGGUGCAAUGAUAGACUGGUGGUUCGGAUGGAUCCACAACACGGAGCAGUACAAGCUCUGGCACCCUCGCGACCACGUCUUCUCCGACUGGGAAGGCCCACGCGAGAACAACAGCACCUAUAUCGGCGGUCAUCAUCUAGUCCAUGAGUAUAUCGGAGGCGAGCUUCAGAAGCUGGAAAUCUCUUUCAAAGACCCGAGUGAAUACUUCGGGCCUGGCUGGCAGACUGCGUUCCAGAAUGCGGGGUAUUCGACAGCCAUUUGUGGGAGGACGGGCAUGUGGGAUGACGAGAACAAUCAUGUUACGUAUGUGGGGCAUUUGAUUCAUUUGAUCAAAACGGAGCCGGAUGGUGUCAGGAUGCGCUCUAGGUUUUGGCUGGGUGAUGUCGACGGCCUUACCGAUCCGGAGAUUCGGAAGGCAAGUGUGCCUGAUGAAUUUGCAAAGGGGUUAUUACAGCAUGCUACGGAAGAAAUGGCUAUACUUGCUACUGUUCUUCCUGAUCUGUACCAUAAGUUUUCCGGGGUGGGUGCAGAGAAACUUUGA